AUGGCCAGCCACAACUCCUGCUCUGGAAACCGUGCCUCAGGAUCUCUCAGAAAUUCCUGCCACACUCCAUUCAACCCCACCAUGGGCCUCCGCUCUAUGAAUGUAGGCUGUGGGGAUAUCUUCUGCUUACCCAGUAGCUGCCAAGAUCGAACCUGGGUCAUAGACAACUGCCAGGAGAACUUUGGUGAGCCGGUCAGCUGCCAGCCAGCCAAUCGGGAAGCCAACAGCUGUGAAAACUCUUGCUCUUCCUCUGCUGCUUACUACGUGUCCAGACCCUGCCAUGGAACCAGCUACCUUCCUGCUUCUUCCCUCACCUCCAGCUCCUGCCUCCCUGUAUCCUGUAAGCCACUGAACUAUGUUCACAGCAGCUGUCGACCACUGACUCCUCAGAUCAACAGUUUCCAACCUGUAGGCUGUGUGUCUGGUGGCUGUCACCCACUCCCCUGUGUGUCCAACAGCUGUCAACCCCAGAGCCUCUUCACUUAUGGAUGCAGACCCUCGGGUUGUGUGGCCUAUGGUCCUCAAACCAUUCACAUUGUGUCCAGCAGCCUCAGACCCUUGCAGCCUGUCUUCAAUGGCUGCCAGCCACUGACCCCUGUGUUUGGCAAUUGUCGUCCAUCUUGCUCUGCACUGGGAGGCCAGUAG